AGGCAUGCGCAGUCUGGCACUACAUCACGAUUUUGGCGCUUCACAGGGGCGGGGAGGACACUGCUCAAAACAUAUGGACGCAGACCCGAUCUUGGAAUUAACUUUAGAAGAUGAAUUAGGCAUCAAAAAGGGGGAAUACUAAAGAGGAAAUAAGAAAAUGUCAAAUCUCCCCCGAAAGGGUCUUUUCCGAGUUUUGGGACUUCUGCUUGCUCUCCCAAAAACAAAACCACAACAGACCACUCGAACACCGCUCCUGAUGCCCGAGAGCUGGUGCUGCAAGCAGGUAAACUGCAGAUCUCAGCCAGCAAGCCUCACAGCAUCGACGACUAUGCCCGACGCUGACUUUUGGUGUACAUUUCGACGUUACCCACGCCCAUGUCUAGUGGUUACAAACCAAUUCGCCAAAGCCGCCAAAGCCACAUGCUGAGAUGCCCUUGUCUAGAAUGUGCCAACCAUCCACGAAACAC